AGUGACCGUGCAUGUGUCCAGUGGGAAGAAUGCUCCUUACAUUGGGUGGCCAGUGAGAAGAAUGCUCCUUACAUUGGUGAUCAGUGGGAAGAAUGCCCCUUACAUUGGUGGUGGUCAGUGGGAAGAAUGCUCUUACAUUGGUGGUCAGUGAGAAGAAUGCUUCUUACAUUGGUGGCCAGUGAGAAAAAUGCUCCUUUCAUUGGUGGUCAGUGGGAAGAAUGCUUCUUACAUUGGUGUCCAGUGAGAAGGUUUCUCCUUACAUUGGUGGUAAGUGGGAAGAAUGUCCCUUAGAUUGGUGAUCAGUGAGAAGAAUUUCCAUUACAUUGCUGGUCAGUGGGAACAAUGUUCCUUACAUUGGGGGUCAGUGGGAAGAAUUUCCCUUACAUUGGGGGGUCAGUGGGAAGAAUGCCCCUUACAUUGGGGGUCAGUGGGUAGAAUGUACCUUACAUUGGUGGUCAGUGGGAAGAAUGCCCCUUACAUUGGGGGUCAGUGGGUAGAAUGCCCCUUACAUUGGUGAUCAGUGAGAAGAAUGUACCUUACAUUGGGGGUCAGUGGGAAGAAUGUCCCUUACA